ACUUUUGACUUUUACUACAGUUCAAAAUUUUAUUGGUCUCGCUCAAGUGACCAAUAAAAAAUCUCCUCAUAUUAAGUCAGGUGGUCAGAGUUGCAUCUGAAGAGCGAGGUAAAUCUCUAGCCUUUCUUUUUCUUUCGUUUUUAUUUAUUUAUUUAUUUAUUUUUACAUCAUUGCACGCCGUGAGGUUACAGUUUCGACUUGUACAGAGGUUGUUACGGCGCAGUAAAACUCGGUGCAGCUUGCAGGAAACAACGUUGCGUAUUUAUUUAUAUCUGCAUUUGCAAAUAGCGGUGGAAAUGUGGCCGAAGUUUUUGGCAGCUGUGCGCGCGAUUGGUGUUUUCUCCAAACCGCCGAGAUUCCUCCACAAGACACCUUUUUUAUCAAUUCAGCCCAGCUGUUACAUUAAUGUAGACACUCCUCCCAGUGUUCCGACCCUCACCACCAGCUAUGCCCAUGGCAUCACCUCAUAUUCCUUACAGUCUCUCACUGUGGGCAGGAGCCUGCAGAUCAGAGCAGAGCGCAACCCUGACCGUGAGGCUGUUGUCUUUCUGGAGGAUGGCAUCAGGAAAACAUUUUCUGAGUUCCAAAAUGAUGUAGAUCAGGCAGCUGCAGGCCUAUUGGCUCUGGGUCUGAAGAAGGGAGAUCGAUUAGGCAUGUGGGGACCCAACACAUAUGAAUGGAUUCUGAUGCAGUUUGCCACAGCAAAGGCUGGCAUCAUUUUGGUAUCAGUGAAUCCAGCUUAUCAGUUGCAUGAGUUGGAAUUUGCACUAAAAAAGGUGCAGUGCAAAGCAAUUGUGUGUCCAACUGAGUUUAAGACCCAGAAGUACUAUGACAUGUUGAGGCAGCUCUGUUCUGAUAUAGAUACCGCUUCCCCUGGGGGUUUCAAGAGCUCCAGAUUGCCAGACUUGAGUACAGUAAUUGUAACGGACAGUAAGCAGCCUGGUGCUUUGCAAUGGAAUGAUCUGAUGCAGGCGGGGAGCAGCCAGCACUACCAGGAGCUAGAAGAUUUGCAGAAAAAAAUCAACUUUGAUGACCCUAUUAACAUCCAAUUCACAUCGGGAACUACUGGGAAUCCCAAAGGAGCUGCUUUGACGCACCACAAUAUUGUCAACAAUGCGUAUUUCGUCGGUUUGCGUGUAGGAUAUGAGUGGAGGCGGAAGAUUAAAGUGUGUUUGCCAGUGCCGUUGUACCACUGUUUUGGCUCAGUGGGUGGGGGAAUCGUGAUGGCAGUACAUGGUGUCACACUUGUCUUUCCCUCCACUGCAUACAGUGGAUAUGCCAACCUGCUUGCUAUGCAGAAUGAGAAAUGCACAUUUGUCUAUGGCACCCCUACAAUGUACAUAGACAUGCUGGGACAGCCGGACCUGGCCAAAUUUGAUCUGUCAUCUGUUGAAGCAGGAAUUGUUGCUGGCUCUCCCUGUCCUCCUGAAGUUUUGAAGAAAGUAAUGAAAAUCAUGGGCAUUAAGGAAAUGACGAUAGGGUAUGGUACCACUGAGAACAGUCCAGUGACCUUCUGUGGCUUCCCAGUUGACAACAUAGAGCGAAAGACAGAAACUGUUGGAUGUAUCGGCCACCACCUUGAGGCAAAAGUGGUUGAUCCUACAACAGGACACAUUGUUCCUCUUGAAACUCCAGGAGAGCUUAUGAUCAGAGGUUACUGUGUCAUGCUGGAAUAUUGGCAAGAUGAAGCCAAAACCAGAGAAUGCAUCACUAAAGACCGCUGGUACAAAACUGGUGAUAUUGCCAGUUUGGAUAAGUUUGGCUACUGCAAGAUAGAGGGACGUAUCAAAGACAUGAUUAUCCGUGGAGGAGAAAAUGUCUAUCCUGCUGAAAUCGAGCAGUUCCUGCACACACACCCUAAAGUCCAGGAAGCACAGGUGAUUGGGGUGAAAGAUGAGAGAAUGGGUGAAGAGGUUUGUGCUUGCAUCAAACUGAAGGCUGGACAGGAAUGUACUGCAGAGGAGCUAAGGACAUACUGCAAAGGCCAGAUUUCCCAUUUCAAGAUCCCCCGCUAUUUUACUUUUGUUAAGGGCUAUCCUCUUACUGUCUCAGGGAAAAUUCAGAAGAACAAACUGCGGGAGCAGACAGAGAAUCAGCUGGGACUAUGAACUCAGAGACUUUU